AAAAUGGCCACAGCGGUGCACAAGCCUAUCAAAUGCCUGGGUGAGGAUUUCUACCGGGAGGCCAUUGAACACUGCCGCAGCUACAAUGCCCGGCUGUGUGCUGAGCGCAGCAUGCGCCUACCCUUUCUCGACUCGCAGACGGGGGUGGCCCAAAACAACUGUUACAUCUGGAUGGAGAAGACCCACCGCGGCCCAGGCCUGGCUCCAGGGCAGAUCUACACAUACCCGGCUCGUUGCUGGCGCAAGAAACGGCGGCUAAACAUCUUGGAGGAUCCGCGGUUGCGGCCUUGCGAGUUCAAGAUUGAUUGUGAGCCCCCCCUGAAGAAGGAGGGGGGUCUGCCCGAGGGGCCAGUCCUAGAGGCGCUGCUUUGUGCUGAAUCCGGGGACAAGAAGCCAGAGCUGAAAGAGGAGGAGCUGGCCUUGGACUGCCCGAAGGCGCCUGUCGGGGAGUUCCUGCAUGAUCUGGACCCCGAAGACCUGGAGGACGACGCUCCCCGGAGGAAGAACAAAGCCAAGAGCAAGGCCUACGGCAUCGGGGGGCUGCGCAAGAGGCAGGAGGCGGCGCUGCUGGAGGACCGCGACAAGCCCUACGUGUGCGACAUCUGCGGGAAGCGCUACAAGAACCGCCCGGGGCUGAGCUACCACUACACGCACACGCACCUGGCCGAGGAGGAGGGCGACGAGGGGGCCGAGCGCCACGCCCUCCCCUUCCACCACCGCAAGAACAACCACAAGCAGUUCUACAAAGAGCUGAACUGGGUCCCAGAGAACCAUCGCAGGAACACAGCUAAGAAAGCUCCGGACGGCACAGUCAUACCAAACGGUUAUUGUGAUUUCUGUCUAGGCGGCUCCAAGAAGACUGGCUGCCCAGAGGACCUCAUCUCCUGUGCAGAUUGUGGGCGUUCAGGGCACCCCUCCUGCCUGCAGUUCACCGUGAACAUGACGGCCGCUGUGCGCACGUAUCGGUGGCAGUGCAUCGAGUGCAAGAGCUGUAGCCUCUGUGGCACCUCUGAGAAUGACGACCAGCUGCUCUUCUGCGAUGACUGUGACCGGGGCUACCACAUGUACUGCCUGAGCCCCCCUAUGGCUGAGCCCCCGGAAGGGAGCUGGAGUUGCCACCUGUGUCUUCGACAGCUGAAGGAGAAGGCCUCCGCCUACAUCACCCUUACCUAGGCUGCCCCCCGGCCCCUCUGCCCCCC